UCUGCAGCGGCCGCGAGCUCUCCACCUUCUCUAGGGGGCCGGGCCGGACCGGCUCCGCCCCAGCCAGGUGUCGGUCCGUGUCCCAGGUGCCCUCCGGAUCUCCGAGAUUCCCGUGCCGCAGGCCUGUGCAGCGGGCUAGCAACGAUGGAGGACGCCCCCGAGUGCACCCCUUCUCCCUCCGAGUCCACGCAGCCUCCCAGCCCUGCCGGGGAGCCCGAGGCGGCGACCCCCGGGCACUCGGAGGACUGCGCCAGGCCCAUAGACACGGUCCCCAAGAAACUCUGUGGGUAUUUAAGUAAGUUUGGCGGCAAAGGACCCAUCAAGGGCUGGAAAUGCCGCUGGUUCUUCUACGACGAGAGGAAGUGCCACUUGUAUUAUUCGCGCACCGCGCAGGAUGCUAACCCCUUGGACAGCAUCGAUCUCUCUAGUGCGGUGUUUGACUGCAAGGCAGACGCUGAGGAGGAAGGCACUUUUGAAAUCAAGACUCCCAGCCGCGUUAUUACCCUCAAGGCCGCCACCAAGCAAGUGAUGCUCUACUGGCUCCAGCAGCUGCAGAUGAAGCGCUGGGAGUUCCACAGCAGCCCACCUGCACUUCCUGCUACCCCUGCCACUGCCCUGGAUGAGAACGGACCCACCCUGCACCUCAAGCUAGAAGAAGAGGAGGUGGAGCUGGAGGAGUUCCUGUGCCCGGUGAAAACACCUCCUGGACUGGUGGGUGCAGCUGCUGCCUUGCAGCCUGUCCCUGCCAUGCCUUCAGCCCUUCAGAACAUCUCUCUGAAGCAUCUGGGGACUGAAAUACAGAAUACCAUGCACAACAUUCGUGGCAACAAGCAGGCCCAAGCAGCGAGCCACGGACCACUGGUGGAAGAAUCGUCACAGAAUCCGGAGCCUCAAAGGGGGGAGCAGCCCUUCAUCUCUGACCCCAGCAUUCCAGGAAAAGAGCCAGAGGAUCCUCCGAAGCCCACACCCAGGUCCUCUGCACCCUCGGGUCCCAUGCAGAAACCUAAGCGGCAAAGCAACACCUUCCCAUUCUUUUCUGACGGGCUGGCUCGGAGCCGUACAGCCCAGGAAAAGGUGGUGGCGCUGGAACAGCAGGUGCUGGUGCUCACCAAAGAACUCAAGUCACAGAAGGAGCUGGUGAUAAUCCUACACAAGGCACUGGAGGCUGCUCAGCAAGAGAAACGAGCAUCCAGUGCAUACCUCGCAGCCGCUGAGGACAAGGACCGGCUGGAGCUCGUCCGGCACAAGGUGCGGCAGAUCGCGGAGCUGAACCAGCGAGUGGAGGCCCUAGAGCAGAGUCGAGAGCGCCUGGUGCAUGAGGCCGGCCUGCGGGAGCAGCAGGUGCAGGCGCUUCAGCAGCAGGUGCAGCUACUCGUGGAUAAGAACCAGGCCAAGCAGCAGGUCAUCUGCAAGCUCUCCCAGAAGCUCACAGAAGACCUUGCACAGCCCCCCGGCCAGCCUGCCGAGGCUGCCAAUGGUGACUUCCUGAGCCAGCAGGAGAGGGUAGAGCACCUGAAGGAUGACAUACAAGCAUAUCAGACCCAGAACCGCUUCCUCAACUCUGAGAUCCACCAGGUCACCAAGAUCUGGAGGAAGGUGGCAGAGAAGGAAAAGGCCCUGCUCACCAAGUGCGCCUACCUCCAAGCCAGGAACUGCCAGGUGGAAAGCAAGUACCUGGCUGGACUUCGGAGGCUACAGGAGGCGGUGGGGGCCGAGGCCGGCAACUUUCCUGAGCUGCUGCAGCAGCUGGUCCAGGAGGCACUGCAGUGGGAAGCAGGAGAGGCCUCCGACAGCGUGGAGCUGAGCCCUGUCAGUGAGUAUGACGAUUAUGGCUUCCUGACGGUGCCGGACCACGAGGUGGAAGACCUGAAACUGCUAGCCAAGAUCCAGGCCUUGGAGGUGCGCUCCCACCGCCUGCUGGCCCUGGAAGCCGUGGAGCGGCCACUCCGGGACCGUUGGGCUGCCCUGACCGAGCUGGUGCCCUCAGCCGAGCUCAAGCAGCUACUACGGGUAGGGGUGCCCCGUGAGCACCGUCCACGUGUCUGGAGGUGGCUGGUCCACCGCCGUGUCCAGCACCUGCACUCUCCGGGCUGCUACCAGGAACUUCUGGGCCGGGGCCGGGCGUGCGAGCACCCCGCUGCCCGGCAAAUCGAGCUGGACCUCCACCGGACCUUCCCCACCAACAAGUACUUCACCUGCCCCACCUCCAGCUUCCCCGACAAGCUCCGCCACGUGCUCCUGGCCUUCUCCUGGCACAACCCCGCCAUCGGCUACUGCCAGGGCCUGAACAGGCUGGCGGCCAUCGCCCUGCUGGUCCUAGAGGAUGAGGAGAGUGCUUUCUGGUGCCUGGUGGCCAUUGUGGAGACCAUACUGCCGGCUGAGUACUACAGCAAGACCCUGACUGCAUCCCAGGUGGACCAGCGGGUACUCCAGGACCUCCUCUCAGAGAAGCUGCCCCGACUGACCGCACACCUGGGGCAGCACCACAUCGACCUCUCUCUCAUCACCUUCAACUGGUUCCUCGUGGUCUUUGCAGACUCUCUCAUCAGUGACAUCCUCCUGCGAGUCUGGGAUGCCUUCCUCUACGAAGGGACAAAGGUGGUGUUCCGAUACGCUCUGGCCAUCUUCAAGUACAAUGAGGAGGAGAUCCUGCGGCUGCAGGACAGCCUGGAGAUCUACCAGUACCUGCGCUUCUUUACCAAGACUAUCUGUGACAGCCGGAAGCUCAUGAGCAUCGCCUUCAAUGAUAUGAACCCCUUUCCCAUGAAGCAACUGCGGCAGCUGCGGGCAGCCCACCAAGAGCGACUAGAGGCUGAGCUUCGGGCACUAGAACUGCUGAAAGCCGAGUACUUGGAGAGACGGGCAUCCACGCACAGAACGGUGCCCGAGGGCUGUGUCAGUGAGGACGAAGGAGAAGGCGAUGGCUGACCUGCCACUCUGUUGCCCAAAGCCUUUCUUACCUUUGCUGGCAGGAGGGUAGAAUUCAGGCACGGGCCAGAGGUCUCUGUGACUCUGGACAAGGCCCUUCUCCUCUCUGAGCCUUAGUAUCCCAUUUGGACACUGCUUUCUGUGAAGCCACUGGUUAGAGUCGCCUUUUAAGUGUCCCGGGCUUGUCGGCCUGUAUCACGGCCCCACAGCACUUUAACAUGUAGGGAGGCAAGAGUGCAUGCACUCUGGGCCACUGGGCGCUUUCUCUGGGGCAUGACUGGGGCGUGAUUUGGAUUUGGUCUUUUGAGACCAGGUCUCCUGGAGCUCUGGCUGACCGCAAUCUCACUAUGCAAAUGAGCCUGACCUUCUGAUGCUCCUCUCGGAGGCAUGGCUGGCAUAAAGCAAUGUCCCUGUGACUGACUGAUGGCUCUCCUUUAGGUAGGACAGACGCAUUCUCAUUACCUGUGUUCCUGGGCAUAAGGUGUGAGGAAUGUUCCUUCUGGCUCAGAGCCUUGGUCACCAUUCUUAUGGCAGCCCAAGUUCAAGACAUGUUUUCAGGACAUCUGCGUUUCUGGGCUACUGCCCCUCUGCAGUGCCAGCUGGAUCUAAGUUGAGGCCACCCUGACCACGGGGACUGUUUCCGGAGCCUCAUGCCUGAAACUUCCCUUCUGUUUACAGCCCGCUGGGGACAUCCCAGGGGAAACCCUGCUGCCACCCUAAGGCACUUGAUGGGGACUGGACAUCAAGUGGGACCAAGCAGGUAUCCACUCUGAUGUGCCCCUGUCACGUGGGGCCAACAGGGUUAGGGGGGCGAGGGGGCUACAGCCCACCUGGCUCAGCAGAACGAGUUGAGCAGUUUUAUGGCCCAACACAGCCCUGUUCUCCAUCCUCUUCCUGGUCUUUUCAGCUGCCCCUUCCGAAUGUCCUCCCCACCAGGGCAGAAGGCCUGAAGGCGCACAAGGGGUUCAUAUCUCACCAAACUGGGCCUGCAGUGGAGCCUGGAGAUGGCUCUUAGAGGCUGGGGCUCUCUGAGGAGUCUGUGCUGGAAACCCCAGGGUGAAGGUGCUUGCGGAGCUGGGUCCACACCCACUGCAGUACAGGCCCCGUCGGCGCCUGAGUCACAGUGUGAGCCUGCAGGCUUGGCAUGGCCGGCACACUCUCACACCAGCUCCUGGCCUCAGGAUUCCUGUGAGCACCCGGCACCCGCGCUUGCCUGCUGCCUCUACUGAGGCCUUUUCACCAGCAGACAGCUUCCGUGAAGUGGGAGAACGAGUAGGGGGGAGGCCUUGGGAUCCUGGCUGCAGACUGACUGGCACAGUGACCCUAAAGUGAGCCACCAGCUAAGGGGGCGGCCUCCAUCUCACAGAGAGUGCUGGAGGGAGAGCGCUGACACUAGGGCUUGGUGCAGUGAAGCGCGCCACGGACGCAGGUAGGUGUUGUCUGGCUCUCCAAGAAAAGACCACCAAAGGCCAAAAACAGGUCCAACUGGAUAAACAGUACCUUCUCCACCAUCAGUUCCUCUAAGCUCUCUGACCACCCCCACCCCCACCCCACCUCACCUUUCUUUAGAGGAGGACUCUGCCCAAGGCCUUGUGCUCCUGGGGAGGGGGCCAGGGAGUGGACAGACUAGCGUUCUCACCAAGCCACGCCUUAGAAUCCUGGGCAGGCUUUGUUCCAGCAGUGCUGCUGGACCUUGUGAUCUGCUGUUGGAGCCAUGGUGUUCUGAUAACCCUGGGAGGAUAAGGGUUCUGGAACUAAUUCCCUCCUCCAGCCCUGAAAGAGGAAGCAGACUGAGGACUGCUUGUCCCACAGCUCUCACCCAGGGCAAGCCCCAGCGACAGGGCACAAAGAAUGUCACACAGAAGAGGAGGGCAGGAGGGCCUGGCCUGUGACUACCUGCGGGCACAUCCAGAGGGUUAACUAGGAAGAGAAAAGGGGCCAGGUGUAGUGGUACACACUGCUGAUCCCAGCAGGUCCAGCACAAUCUGGGCUACGAAGCCAGACCAUGUCUCAAGAAACAAAUAAACACGAGGAAAACAAA